GUUAAGAUAAUAUCUAUAAACUUGUAUAAAUAAUCGAAUCUUCAAAAUUUAUUACGUCUUAAUCUAUUUUUCAACAAGAUAAGAAACAUGCCACAUUUUGUUCGCGACAAAGACGACACUACACAAGAGAUGAAUGAUAUUACUUCUGAUUUCGCUGGCCUUAAAGUGUCAGUUUUAAAAAAAGCUUCGCUUAUAUCAAGCAAAGUGGGCAGAAUUACAAUAGGUCCUGCUUUUACAAUGAUUCAAAAUACAGAUGAGAAAUCAGAAAAUAUAGAAAAUGAACAGAAUUCUUGUAAUAUUACACCUUCUCAAAAAACUAACCAUCUAAAAAGUAACAAAAUAUCUAUGCAAAGUGGUAUUACUUUUUCUGUAAAAAAAAUUCUUUUAGAAAGCGAAUACCAGAGAAAGGAAGAAGUUCAGAAAGAAAUUGAGCAUCGUUGGCAGCAUAUGAAUGAAGAAGAAAAAGACAUAAAGAAACGUAAAGAAAAUUCUCGGUCACAUAUGGCAAAAGAACGUGAACGUAAAAGUAAAGAAAAUUACGAAUAUAUAUUAGCAGAAGAAAAAAAAGCAGAGCAGGAAGAACUACGAAAAAGACAUGAACAACAAAAAGAAGUCGAGGAAUACAGAAAAAAAAUGAUAGAAAAACAAGAUCUUACCAAAUUAAUAAUGAAUUUGAGAAAUAUGUUUAAAACUAAGUAUGGUACUAUUGUUAUGGCUGCUCAAAACUGUGAUGAUGUAAAUUCUGUUCCUAUCCUGUUCUCGUCCUGUGGACCAAAAUUAGAUGAGCUAUUUCAACAAGUGUGGGUUAUAGAUGAAAAAAUUAUGACAGGAGAUGUGACAUCAGCUGACGUCACUGCUAUGAAAAAAUAUGUUCAACAGAUGAAUGAAAUACUGUGUAUAGUUAAAGCAGAAAUUGAAAGGAUAAACACUGCAUAUACAGCCAAUUUAGUUAAUAACGAAGCCUCAAAAGAAACUCAAUUACAACCCGAAAUUUUGGAAAUACCAACACCUAAUAUUACUCACACUAGAGCUGAGUUAAUUGCUCCACAAGUUGACAGCAGCGCUAUCCAAAAUAGCGAAAACAAACAUGAAGAUAAAGAACAGCAACAUGUACAAUCUGUAGAGAACAUAACUUCUUUGAACAUUCCAUCGGUAAUUGUAGCACCUGCCCAAACUGAAGAAAUAGCUUCAACAGAUAAGCAGAGUGAAAGCACAUCUCAAUUAUAUGAAUAUGUUGACAAAGAAUUAUUGCAAAUGUACAUAAAUAGUAAACAAUUUUUGGAAAAUUAUGUGAAAAGUUACGAUGAAUUUUUACAGUCUGCAAGCACAAAAAAGUUCAGAUUCGAAUGUCAAAAAGCAAUAAAUAUACCUGUAAAUGCAAUUUCUGGUAUUAGCAGACAACACUUAUAUGAUAAAUAUGAAAGAUUAAAUAGUCUUCUUAAAGGAGAAUCUUCUCCAAAUGUUAACCAAUAUCCUCAAGGUGCAGCGUUUUGUAAAAAUAUGUUGGCUAAAGAAAUAGUUAAUCAAGGUGGAACACUUGUUUCAAGUAAACCCAAAAUGGCAUUUCCAAUUGCUGCAGUAGUUGUAGCUAUUUGGAACGAUCACUACGAUUUUGGAGAUUUGCUUUUGUCACAUUUUCAUGAUACUUGCCCAUAUAUUGUGCCUGUGUUUUUACCCGAAAUGGAAGGACAAUCGAAUGAAGAUUAUUAUAAAUUGAUGGGCUAUAAAUAUGCGAAAGAUGGUACAGUCGAGAAACAAGAUAAAUUUUUGAAAAGAAUGUCCGGCUUAAUGAGAUUGUAUGCUUCCAUUACUAUCACAUCACAGCGAAAAGGAAUUAAUAAGACCAAUCCACAUGGGCUUCAAUAUGCGUGGCGAUGGUUGGCUGCUGUUUUAAAUAUUGAACCGCGGACAGAAAUAGCCGAUCUUUGUGCAACUCUCUUAUUAGAUAUGCUUGAAGUUGCUGGAAAUGCACUGUGGACUGCAUACCCACGCCAAUUUUAUAAACUUCUGAUUUUACUUUCGGAUGAAUAUCACUCACGUAUUCAAACUGUAGGAAACAUUGGCGGUGGCCCAUUAGUACGACUUCAAGAAUUUUUGAAAAACAGUUUAACAAAAGGUUUUAUACCACAACCUGAUGGUCAGCUUUCUCCCAAUUUCUGGUGAUUACUACUCGAUAUAAGGUGACUUACAUCUUAAUUGUUAUGGGAAAUGUAGCAAGGAUUUGUAAAUUACUAUAGAUUUAUAUAUAUUAUAUUGUAAGAUAGAUUUGUCUGAACUACUUAUUGUCACUAAUGCCUAAUUUCAUAUUGAAUGAAUAGGACAUUGAUUAAAUUGAUUAAACAAUCAAGAUGAUAAAAAAUUCCCAGAAAUUGCUUAGUUUGACAAUAUAUUAGUAGGUUCCUUGCAGAUAAUAUAACUUAAAAUAAUUUGUAUAUGUUGAAAAUUAAUAUUAAAAUAUUGUAUUUAUUAAACUUACAACUUGUGAAAAGUAUAAAGCUAAAGAAAUACAAGAAGUGGAUGAUACGAUCGCGUGUUUCUAUUAUAUAAUCUAGUAAAAAGAAGAAUAAGGGUUAAUAGUAUGGCACACUUGUAGCUACAGAUUUCACAUCCGUUUGAUCAUAAUAAUUCGUGGAAUUCUUUGUAAAGCUUGUAACACCAAAUGAAGCAAAUUUGUCAAGCCACUGUUUGUCCUGAUGUACAUUCAGCAGAUAAUUUGUGAUCUGUUUUGUUAUAUCACCUGUAAAUUGAACGAAUGUGUCACUUAUAAAUGCAUGUAUAAAAUAAAACAUGAAAACAAUGCA